AUGGUGGUGUCGCCGGUGGAGACGGCGGCCGCCUACAAAAACCUGACCUUCGAGGAGGUGGUGCAGGAGCUCGUCAAACAGAAGGAGGCGGUCAAGAGGAAGGACGCCCAAAUAAGGGAGCUGGAGGAUUACAUCGACGACCUGCUGGUCCGCGUCAUGGAGGAGACCCCGAGCAUCCUGCGCACGCCGUACGAGCACAAGAAGAAGGCGGGAAAAUUUGGAAAGAAAUAA